CCUGAAGAGAUUCAUGACCGUCUUUCUUCCCCCGGUGGAAGAAGAGGAAGAGCGCGCCAAUAAUAGGGUUAGGGUUCUUCGCAAACUCUUGGCUGGAAAAAUGGACAUCGAUCCGGAUCGCUUCGACGCAAUCGUGGUUGGAACGGGGCUGCCAGAGUCGAUCCUAGCUGCCGCGGCGGCUUGCGGCGGGCGCAAGGUACUUCACCUCGAUUCCAACGAGUUCUACGGAUCGGAAUGGGCAUCCAUGACCCUGGAUCAGCUCUCCUCGUUCAUAGCAUCGCUCGGCGCUUGCAAUGGCGCGGCCGCAGUGGACUCCUCGGCCGAGCUGGAUGCUCUCGGUUUGGAGGAAUCCGAGCUCCUGCGAGACGAAUUCCUCUACUCUGAUGGCAAAGUCUGUGAAUUCGAGGGAUCGGCGGCAGCUCUGGGCUCUUCCAGAGGCUACACGCUCGACAUCGCAGCUCCAAAAGUUCUACGCUGCGCGGAGUCUCUGGUGGAUCUCUUGAUCAAGUGUGGAGCUAGCAACUAUCUCGAGUUUAAAGGCGUCCAGGCGACAUACAUUUGGAGUGGAGAUGGUUUUAUCUCCGCGCCAACUUCCAGCUCCGAGCUCUUCCAGGACCGAUCCUUGGCCUUGCGUGACAAGAGGCGUCUCAUGCGGUUUCUAAAGUCUGUCCGGGCUUACAUCUCUCAGGAGGGAGACGGUGCUGGUUUCUCCGAUGAGAACUUGAAGGUGUCAUUCGUGGAGCUCCUGGAGAGGGAGCAGCUUCCACAGUCGAUUCAAUCAAUCAUUUUGUAUGCUGUUGCGCUACUUGACGAGGACCAGAAAACAAGUAGCUCUCCUGUCUCGGCACUGGAGGGCUUGCAACUGUUAAAGCUUCAUAUGGCUUCGAUUGGAAGAUUUGAUAACAAUGGUGCUUUUCUAUACACCCUUUAUGGGCAAGCUGAAAUACCUCAAGCAUUCUGUCGAGUGGCCGCUGUUCAUGGAGCAUUGUACGUGUUGCGGAUGCCCGUCACCUCUGUUAUUCGGGAUAAGGAAACAAAGCAAUUCAAAGGCAUACGUGCUCAAUCCGGACAACUUCUCUACAGUGACAAGAUAGUACUUGGUGCAUCCUUCAACAAAUGGGGAAGUCGUUUAGUCGAGGAAAUGCAGCGGCCAGAUAGCAAGACCCCGAGUCUGCUUCUGGGGAGAUACGUCUGUAUAACCGAUGCAUCCUUGCUUUCCGGAAAGAGCAACCUUCUGCUGAUAUUUCCACCACGAUCUGUAAGCGGGGAAUGUAAUCCAAAUCCAGUGAGAGUCUUACAACUAGGCAGUACUGCCGUUUGCCCGGAUGGAAAAUAUGUCAUUCAAAUCUCUACAGUUGCCGGAAGUGGCUCUGUUGCGAAGGCUGCGUUGGAUGGAGUCGUAAAACUUCUUCUUUUUCAGUCCGGAAGCGAAGAGGAUUUAACCAGCAUCCUCGAGCCCGACCUCUGCAAACCAAAGCUUCUCUGGUCCGGAUUCUUCACCGAAAAACUUCAUAGCACAAGCUCACAGGUGAUAGACAAUCGUAUUGGAGUAUGCGCUCAACCAGGUCCGGAGGCUGGGUAUGAAAGUGUCGUGGAAUACACCGAGAAGGUUUUUCAUCAACUAUUUGGUGACGAAGAAUGGUUUGCUAGUAAGCCAGAACUUGAAACAGUCGAAGAAGAGUAGCAUGUUAAAUGUAAGUAACACUUGAUUAAAACCCAGAUUGGCAUUUUUAGGGUU